AUGCACGGCCCAAUCCAGGCCCUCCUAGAACUGGUCGAAGAGCUCAUCGCCGAAACACCCAAAGACGUCGACUCAAAGACUGUCCUAACAGAGCAAAGUAUCCGCCUUCUCCUCGACCCUACCGAUCUCACGGCCUCACAACUUGGCCUGCGCCAGAAUGACUUCCCAACUGUCCACGACAUCAAAUACAUCUCCCACCUCCUCACCACCGCUCCGCCUCAACACCUCCUCGCCCUCCUCUUAGGCCACAACGAAGCGCAAAAGACUUUGCGAGAAGUCCUCACUCCCGUUGAACUCUCUCGCGUGGACCAAGCGACGUACGCACGCCUGCAGAUUUUGAAGAGGCAGAGCGUCAGUGUCUCGGAUGCCCUGGGACGGAGACUCAGCGCCACGAAGGAGAAUUACCGCAUGAUGAAGGCCACCAUGAAGCAAUUUGUGAAGACGGCGGGAGUUGCGAGUGUGUUGGAUGAGACGGCGAGGGAGAGUCUGAUUGCGCUUUUGUGGGAUGAUUUGGUGGGGGUGGAGGAUGCGCUGAACGCGCUGGAGGUGGAGGAGGCGCAGAGGGAGGUGAGGGCGUUGAUGGUGAAACUUGAUGCCAUUCUGGCCAAGGUCCUCUUUGUGGGGUGUGAUGUUGCGGGCUUGAAGGAUUGUCAGUUUCGAUGGGUUGUGGAGAUGAGGGGCAUGGGGAGGGAGGUUCUUGGGUUGUGA